AUGCCCCCGGAUAAAGGCCCCAUAGUCCGCGUCACCCCCGAAGAAGUCGACAUCUGCGAUAUCACCGCCGCAAAGGAAAUCCACAAGACGGGCGGCCGGUUCCUCAAGUCCAACUUCUACCAUGCGUUGGCGCCGCCCGGCACGGAGAGCGUCUUCUCCACGACCGAUCCGGCCUUCCAUUCCGCACAUCGGCGCCUCCUCGCCAUGCCCAUCUCGGAUUCGUCGCUGACGGGCUUUGAGCAGGUUAUCGCGGGGAAAGUGCACCUGGCGGUGCGCCGGAUGGGUGAGGAGAUGCGCUCCCGCGGCGCGAUGGACGUCUUCAAGUGGUGGCUGUUCAUGGCCACGGACGUCAUCGGGGAGCUGAGCUUUGGUGAGUCCUUUCGCAUGCUGGAGUCCGGGCAGAAAAACCAAUACAUCCUCGACCUCGAGCAGAUAUCCUCGUUGGCACCGGUGCGCACGACGUUCCCGUUGCUUGUGCAGCUCGGCUCCCUCCUGCCUCUUCCUGUCUUCCGGCGGGUCGCCGCGGCGGGCCAGCGGCUCAUCGACUACGCGCAGCAGUCGAUCGACCGGUACGCCCGUCUCGUGGAGGGGUCGGGGGUGAGCGCGCCGCCGCCGACGCUGUUCAUGAAGCUGUACAACGCGGGCAAGGAUGGCCUGUCUACGACGGAGAUCCGGAACGAAGCGCGGACGUACAUUGUUGCCGGGAGCGACACCACCGCGAUCAGUUUGACGUAUCUUGUCUAUGCGGUGUGUCGGGAUGAGAGGGUCCACGCGAGGCUUGUCGAUGAGGUGGCCGCUCUGCCUGAGAAUUUUGACGAUAGGAUGAUGCGCGAGCUGCCCUAUCUUAACUGGGUGAUUAACGAGGCUUUGCGAUUGUAUACGGCCGUCCCGUUUGGUCUGCCGAGGACUGUUCCGGCUGAGGGAGCCGAGUUUUUGGGAUACCGGCUUCCUGGCGGGGUGAUCGUUUCAACGCAAUCGUACAGUCUUCAUCGGGAUGGAGAGAUAUUUCCCGAGCCGGACAGGUGA